AUGUUUCUGAGUUUUUGCCUCUUGGUGACAUUUAUCUUGGGGCUGUCCGGGUGCUUGGGCUCUUACGUGCCGUGCGAGCCUUGUGACCAGAAGGCGCUGUCCAUGUGCCCUCCGAUCCCGGUCGGCUGCCAGCUGGUCAAGGAGCCGGGCUGCGGCUGCUGCCUCACAUGCGCCCUGUCCGAGGGGCAGGCGUGCGGCGUUUACACCGGGACGUGCACCCAGGGCCUCCGCUGCCUGCCGAGGAGCGGGGAGGAGAAACCCCUGCACGCCCUUCUGCACGGCAGGGGAGUGUGCACCAACGAGAAAGGAUACAAACCUGCUCACCCGCCCAUAGAUCGCGAGUCUCAUGAGGACGCCAUAACCACAGAGAUUACAGAGGAGCUGCAGCCAGCCAAAGUGCCACUGCUUCCCAAAGACAUUGUGAACAGUAAAAAGGUCCACGCGGUACGCAAAGAGAAGAAGAGGAUUCUCGGCAAGCAGCGCAACAUGGGCACCUCCAUGGAUUACUCCCCUCUGCCCAUCGACAAGCGUGAGCCUGAAUUUGGUCCAUGCCGGAGAAAACUGGAUGGGAUCAUUCAGGGAAUGAAGGACACUUCUCGUGUAAUGGCUCUGUCUUUGUACCUUCCCAACUGUGACAGGAAAGGGUUCUUCAAGCGCAAGCAGUGCAAGCCAUCUCGCGGACGCAAACGAGGCAUCUGCUGGUGCGUGGACAAGUACGGCGUUCAGCUCCCCGGCACAGACUACAGCGGAGGGGACAUUCAAUGUAAAGACCUGGAGAGCAGCAACAACAACGAGUGAAAAAGUGGGCGGACCACCCUCGACGCCCCGUCCCCGCCCCCCCUCGCCCCUAACCACCACGUGACCCAGGGCCCGCGGCUCCUCUCUGAAUCACACCUGUAUGCUCCGCCCUCCGUUCACUUCAAGAAGUUUUGUUUUGUUUUUUUUCUCAAAUCGAAAAAAAAAAGAGGAAGAAAAAAAAAUCCAAAACGAAAGAACAGGCUGAACAAAAGACACCUGUAUUGUAUUUUAUUUUAUUUUUUAUUUUUUUUCUUUUCUUUUUCUGUCGUCGACCAAGCACUCAUCUCCGCGUGAGGGGAAAAAAAAGUCCCAGAAGAUUUCACCAUCGGUCCCGUGACUGUCGCUCUCGGGGACCUCCCCCUCCCUGUACGAGGCAGGUCCGCUGGCUGCAGGUCCAUGAAAAUAUAUGCACCCAAUGGAUAUAUUUUUAUAGAAGCUGAGGGUUUCAAUACAAAACACUUGAUGUAUGAUGUAAAAAAAAAAAAAAAAAAAAAAAAAAAAAACACAAAAUCAUUGUGAAGAAGAAGAAGAAAAAAAAAAGAAAUGUAUCAGGCGCAACAGACGAGUUCUUUUAGGCCGUGGAAACACAAAGCCGCCGUGGUGAGCUGACGAUUGGCUGACGAGUUAAUUUGGUUUUUUUCUUGUCUGUUUUCCAAAAGAAAAAAAAAAAAAAAGAAACAAAAGAUGGGGAUAUGCUGUAACAGUUGACUCUAUCUGGGUAUGUGGUUCUGUCAGAGCACUUAUGAAUAGGGGAACCUGCUUAGAUACGUGUAACUUCACAAAAUGAUGCGUGAAUGUGUGUGUGUGUGUGUGUGUGUGUGUGUGUGUACAGUGCGAGUGUGUGGUGUGUGUCAGCCUGUGUUGGUAUAUGACAGAGUGAGCCUAUUACAAAAAAAAAAAAAGAAUGUCCUUUUUAUUUUCUCUUUCUCUUUUGAUUUUUUUUUUUUUUUUUUUUGUCACAACAAAGUAUUUGCUAGCGCUUGAAGUGGUCUUGGGGCUGGCCUUCUUUUUUCCUCUCUAUAUAACCGAUCUCGGGACGCGUUUUGGAAACAAGAGUAAGCAGAUCGUCACAGAUGAACCUACGUGUAGUGGCUCUUUGACAAUGAAGCUAGCCUGAUAUGCCAACUGUGCCUAUUAAUAAAAAAAACAACAAAAAAAAAAACAGACACUGCCAUGCAGGGCGACACAGAGCUAAGAGAGAGCGCUGGCUCUACCAGCGAAAUAAAAAAGACGAGUGUUUCCAGCUUAAGCGAUGGGACUCGAGUUUUGACUUCGAUCUUUUUGGAGCUGAGUGCAUAAUCAAAAAAAAACAAAAAAAAAAAACUUGCCAGUCAGGCCAGUUGCUUCUCUGAUUCAGUUGUGUGAAGUGUAGUUUUGUAUGGUUUUGUUUGUGCUGUUUUCUUUGCCUUCAGUGAAGUAAAGACCGCCCACUUUUUUGAGCCAUGUUCCUUUUUAUCAAGUGGUUUUCCCCCUCAGUACUGCUACUACAGUGUAACCAUGGUGUAUUACGUUACUUUUUAAAUAUAGUUAUUGAAUGUUGUUUUUUUUUUUUUUUUCCUGUAGAAACAUUAGUAUGACAACAAUGUUAUUGUGCUUUUGGGAAAAAAAAAGAAAAGAAAAGAAAAAAAAAAAAGAUUUCUAGCCUGUAAAAGAAUUUGAAUAGGUCCUUGUUAGCCUGUCAGGAAAAACAAACAAAAAAAAGAAAAACAUAAGAUGACCCAGAGUCACGAUGACGACAGGGCAGUCAAAGAAGCUAACCCUCUGGAGCCCUUCUGCUCACAUGCCUUCGAGACAUAGGUUCAACACCUACAUUUUUAAGAGGAGCAUGAUCAAAACAAAAACACACUAAAAAAGAGGUUACAGGUUAUAACAGGGUCAUUUUUUUUCUCUCUCUCGGUGUGCAAGUCACAGUGCCUUCCUACAUGCAGAUACAUUUAAAAUAGUGACGUGAAAGUGACAUGGAUAUCACACAGGGGCCGGUUUCCUUUUUCUUUUCUUUUCUUUUUUUUUUUUUUUUUUUUUUUCGUCAGGUGGCCCCCGCAAAGCUGGAGCCAAUACUUGAUUAAAAAAAAAAAAAAAAAAAACAUCAAGAGGUUUAGUUCUUAUCAAGAGAAGACAAGGUGAAUGGUAACUCCUGUGAACGGUGUCAGAAAAGGUCCGUUUGUAAUCUGAACCUCGGGGCGAUUCUGGAUGAGACUGACGUGUGAGGACCGGCUGCUGGCUGUGCAGAAAGUGCAGCCUGCUACGCCUCCCUCUUCUCUUUUCUUUGACAACCAAUAAGCUAAGAUUCAUGCUUUUUUUUUUUUUUUUCUUUUUUUCAUGUGAAUGCCAAUGUAUAUGAUUGCCAGAGAGGGGAAGCCCAAAACAAACAAAAGAAAGAAAGAAAAAAAAAAGAAGGAUGCUUGGAGGUUAAAAUCAACAUGUGCAUCCUUUUUGAAAAAUGGCUUCCAGUUGUGAAUAUAUAUUAUCAAGGCUCCUCGCCCCUCCUUUUUCACUUCCGACACCAAAUCCCCACCACCACUUUCGAAAAAAAAAUGAAUAAAUAAAUAAAAAGCAGCUUGCACUUAUUUCAGUUACUCACUAUUUGAUAUUGACACACAACGACGUCCUAAGAUGUGGUAUCAUGAAGUUAGUGGAACUUAAAAAAAAAAAAGAAGAAAUUCAAAAAAAAAAAAAAAAAAAAAAAAGCAGCCACAAAAAGCUAAAUGUUGUGUUAUCUUGUGCUUACCUUUUGUUUUAAAGGUGAUGCUUUGAGGUAAUAUAUGUCGACAGGGGCUGUGCAGCCCACGCCUGGGACCUCCAAUACAGCAACAUCUUUUAGGGAAAACAAAAAAAAAAAUUUAAAAAUAGAUCAAAAAGUAACACAGAGCUAGAGAUGUUCUCAUGG